AUGGGGCGAGGAGCGGCGGUGCGGGGCGCACUCGUCUGGCAGAUGAAUGACUACUGGCCCACGAGUUUGUGGGUAAUAGUCGACUACCACCCGCGCAGGAAACCCGCCUUCUACACUGUCAAAAGGGCGCUGCAGCCGCUUGUGGCUGGUGUGCAGCGCGAGCACCAUGAUUGGAGUGUCUGCCAUGCGCGGCCGGCUAAGGUAUCGAAAUAUAGUGUUUGUGUUACUAGCUCGCUGAGACGGGGCUCGACGCUUGAUGUUGAGCUGCGGUUUGUAUCCAUCGACUCGGGGGAGGAUAUCAAGCCGGCCAUCACAAAAGCCGGUCUGACCAUGCCUGACAACGGCUCCGUUACCGCAAUUACUGGUCAGAUUGACAAUCGGACAAACGAGGCACACGUCCUAGCAGUAUCCUUCUCCCGAGACGGGGCAGUGAUCUCGCGAGACGUGGACCCGCCGCAGCCAUUCAAGUACCUUUCCUUCGAGAAUGGGGGUGUACAGGUCCAGGCGGAUGAGGGAUCUUACGAGGUCUCCAUUAAGAGACCGAUGAAGAGGUUUGUUUCAAAGAGGUUAAUGGCGUUGUGCUGA